UUUGCGUUUAACAUGUUCCCGAGACCCUUCAACACCCAAUACAAGUGUUUUUCUGUCUCGAUGUUCCCAGGAAACGAGAGACAAGAUGUAGAACGUGGAGGAAAAAUAAUUAUGCCACCUUCAGCAUUGGAGCAGCUCACUCGAUUAAAUAUAGUCUACCCGAUGUUAUUUAAGUUAACUAAUAAAAAGACUAAUCGUGUGACCCACUGUGGUGUCUUGGAGUUCGUAGCAGAUGAGGGAAAAGUUUAUCUUCCAUAUUGGAUGAUGCACAACUUAUUGUUGGAAGAGAGUGAAAUAAUAAACAUCGAGAGCGUAUCAUUGCCAGUGGCGACUUACGCACGCUUCCAGCCUCAAUCUGAAGAUUUCCUGGAUAUCACAAACCCGAAAGCAGUUUUAGAAAAUGGACUGCGUAGCUUCGCUUGCUUGACUACCGGAGAUAUUGUCGCCAUUCAGUAUAAUCAGAGGAUCUACGAGAUGUGUGUCUUGGAAACUAAGCCUGGACCUGCGGUUUCUAUCAUCGAGUGCGAUAUGAACGUUGAAUUUGCUCCGCCAGUUGGUUACAAAGAGCCUCAGCGAGAAGAAAAAAAGCCACAGGAAGACCAAAUUGAUCCUACUGAUUUAAUGCCUGAGUCGACUGGAUUUUUUGCUUUUCAGGGUCAGGGUAAUAGGCUGGAUGGUAAAAAACGCAAAGACUCUGGUCCAUCAGAAACCCAAGUUCCUAAACCAGUUUAUGUUCGGGGGAUUCCUGAUUACGAUUAUAAAAUUGGAACACUUAACUUUUUACGCAAUAUCAAGUCCAUUAACACUACUAAAGAUGAAAAAAAUACUGAUGAAUUCAAAGCCUUUACUGGUGAAGGUUUUUCACUUCGCAAAUCAAGGAAAUAA